AUCGACCCGUACCCCGCGAUUGCGGAGGUGUUCGAGAAGACCAUGAAAGGCUUCGGAACGGAUGAGACGGGGCUGAGCACGGCGCUUGUGCGCUAUCAAUCCGUGUUGCCUCACGUCAAGGCUGCGUACAAAAAGCUGUACCACGAGGAACUACGGGAUCGCAUCAGUGGCGAGACAAGCGGCGACUACAAACGACUUUUGCUGGAGGUGUUUGACGCACCCCAA